CAAGUGUGCCUCGAAAACAAUUGCCCGUCAACGCUUUAACCCGAACGCCGAAAAUCACCCAGUCCGCACCUGUCCACUUUAUGACAACGCCACAAACAGUCCGGGUCAUUCAGGAAUCGUCACGUUCAACUAUCAUCGGGCAAGUACUUAACGCACACCCAGGCACCGUUCCAUUGUUUAUCUACACCUAGGCCAGAAAAACAAAAAAAAAAAACACCCAACCAUUUUCGCAGCUCGAAACACAUAUAACAGCCGAAAACUAAAACGCAAAACGGCGGUUCGGCGAGGAGCCGGCAACGCCGUGGCAAAAGCCGCACAGCCGGCCCGGUUGUACAUAAACGGGGACGCCGUGUGCGGCACAUAAGGGGGAAAACUCCGAAGCCCAGUACAUAAGCCACCGCUAUGUAACGCGCUCCCUCUCGCUCCGACACACCGGCGGCCCGCUCAGUCCUCGUCGAACCGUCGUGCCGUCAACAUCGUGUCGUCGCCGUCGUCGCCGCCGCCGUCGCACCGUGUGUCCGGCGACCUCCGCCGUCGAGUCCGAAGCCCCGCCGCGGGUACGCAGCGAACACCGAGGAUACGCAAUGGAUUUAGUGUGUGCCGUUGGCAGUGUGUUGUGCCGUACGUGCGUGCCGACCGGCGAAAUGUGCGCGACGUCUAGGUUAUGUUCGACAUAGUACGUAGGGUCGCGAAUCGCGUGCUCGGCGCAUUCCGUCUCACCCCGGAACGGCGGAACAACUGAACAACCGCACGACGCGGGGCGAUUAUGUGCCCGGCCUGAGCCGCACAACAACGACAACGGUCCAAGCCUAGCCCGAGGCCAGAUGGAGGCCUCAACGGAAGGCGGCGAUGCCGCCAACGCCACCACCAAAGACCAGCCGCAACGUCCGGCCAAAGUCCGUCUCACCGAGAUCAACGCCUAUCUGACCUGCUAUCUGUGCAAGGGUUAUCUAAUCGACGCCACCACCAUAUCCGAGUGUCUGCACUCGUUCUGUCGCGGCUGCAUCAUCAGGUUCCUGGAGGAGAACAGCCACUGUCCGGUUUGCGAGGUCAUCAUCAACAAGGCCAAGCCCAAUCUCAAGCUGGACAAGAUCCUGCAGGACAUCGUGUACAAGCUGGUGCCCGGCCUGUUCCUCAACGAGAUGACGCGACGGAAGCGGUUCUACAAGGCGCAUCCGGAGGUGGCGGCCAAGGUGUCGCCGGAGGAACGCGGCGAGGACACCGAACGCAACAUCUUCAACCCGCAGGACUGCAUCAGCCUGUCGCUCGAGUACAUACGAGAUGACUCGACGCCCGGGGCCAUACGCCUUCCCGUUGCGACGGAGAAGAGCAAACAGGACGUGGAGGAGUCGCAGAUGAAGCGGUACCUCCAGUGCUCCGGCAUGUGCAGGAUUGAAGUGCUCAAGAAGUUCGUCAGGAACAAGUACAGCGUCGAUACCUCAAAGUUUUAUAUUGAUAUAUUGUACAAACGAGUGCCUCUACCGGACCAUUACACCCUCAUAGAUAUCGCCUAUAUUUAUUCAUGGAAAAGGAACGAGCCGAUGACGUUCUACUUCCGCAUCACCGACAUCAACAAGGUGACCGAACGUUUCGACUACUUCGAUGCCACCAAACAACCUGAGCCGUUGCUGAUUGUUAAGACUCCAGUGAGGUCACGCAGCAACUCGGACAGGGCCAGGAAACGUGCCUCGAUCAUCAACAAUAAUAACGAAGAAGCCACAAAGACCGAGAGCGUGCCAACUAGUCAAGACGCGAAAAAAUGUGAUAGUGUUAGUGAUAAUAAGGAACGAAUUGAAGAGGUGGAAGUAAAGGAGGGGUCUAAAGGUUGUGAUGUGAAGCUCGUGGAAAAAGUCAAAGUUCCUGAUGAUAGUGUUAAUGUGUCCAAAGACACCAAAGACCAAGUUAAAGAUGAAGUCUCAGAAGACAAAGUUAAGUGUAACGUUACUCAAGACGAUGUGUGUUUGAAUAACCAUAGUGAGACUGAGACGAAAAAGACUGAUAAUAAACCAGCUGAGGUCCGCAGCAAUACGAGUGUUGUGACCAACAUCACAUUAAACAGGACCAACAACAAGGAAGUCAUCACUAAGAUCCAGAAGGUGACUAAAGAAGGUGAACCCACCAAGUUCAUCAAACAAACCGUCAAAACAAUGCCCACCAAUGUCAAACAAAUAACGAUCCCUUCAGUGGAAUCACUGACAACUUACAUGUCAAAAAUGGGUGACCCCAAGACUGUGGACGAAGAGAAGCAAAAGUACUUGAAGUACCUGUCCCUAAUCCCCAAGAUCCCCCAGGAGGUUAGCAAGCCGACGCCGGCCAAAAAACCCUCGAAGCCCCAACAGCCCAACAAACGCAAAAAUUCUAGUCCCGUGAAAAACGACAAGGCCAAGAAGGCGAAGCUAUCCAAGCCUAGCUUACAAAAUUUCUUCGGCAACUGCAAAAUCACCAUUCCCAGCUCCCUGUCCAUCACCUUGAAGGACUCGGACGAGGGCAACUCCGUGCCGGCGCCCCCCGUCAAGAACUUCAUCGAAAUACUCAAGAUACCUGACGAGAAGACUAAAACCGACGAGGAUAAGCCGAAAGCCGACGAAGAUUCGGACCAGAAAAUCGACGAGGAUCUAUCCAACAUCGCUAAGAGUCUGACGGAGAAUCUGCGCACGCUGCCCACUUCAACCACCGUGUCGCAGACCACCGGCCCCAAGAACAACUUCUUGAUCCCCGUGAAGGCUGUUCCCAAGUACCCGACGCAACCCGCUCCGAUCCCCGAGAUCAGCAAAGCCUUGACGGGGUCCUCCAAGACGGAGACCGUUAAAAUAACCCCCAGGUCACCUCAGAGCUUCCAGAAAAUUUUCGAGGAGAGCCUGAAGAAGAAGUCGUUCGGCAAGGGUGAAGGUCUGGACACCAGCGGCAACGAACUGUUGUCGGGGCCGACGCAGAAGCGCAACAUCUCCGAAAUAGUGUCCCAGUUGUGCAAGAGGAACCAAAUGGAGGUCGAACUGAAGGAUGCGGCGAAGGAGGUCAAGAAGGAAGUCGUCCCCAAGGUGGCGAUUCCCAGACUUCCCACUAACAGGAAGCAAAAGCCUGCGAGGCCUCUUAAGGAAAAGAGCCCGGUGGUACCCAAGCAGAUUGAGAAUCUGCACUCAACCGCCUUGGGAUUUUCCUACUCGGUGUCGGUGGAGCAGGCCAAUAAAAGGCCCAAGUUGGCACAGUCGGGGCUAGUUACACCCCCGCACAAAGUGGAGCAACCCAACGUAUCAGCGGCUUCGCCCAAGUCCCCCGGCAAGUUCAACGGGUACGGUACCUCACCCGUGAAGAGCCCCGGCGAGCUAUCCAUAGUGCUGCCGCCCGAGAACGAGGAAGAAGCCAAGCCCGUGAAGGUGGAGAACGAAAGAAAGGAGAUCGGGGCGACGCCCAAGCUGUCGGAGAACGCGGACGUGCCAAAGCCCUCGGCCAUACCCAAGAAUUUGUCGCCCAUUUUCAUGGGCAGCCCCCGCAACUCGCCGCGCCAUCACUCCCCCAAAUCCUCGCCCGUGAUAAAGCACAUGUACGCCCCCAUACCCGGCACGCUGGACCGCUUCCGCGUGCCGUCACCGAGCAAUACCAAAACCCCCUCGCCCAAGCCCACCAAGAGCCCCGGCUCGUCGCCCGGCACGUCGCUGACUUCCAAUCAAAUUUUGGAAAAGUACCACAUUCAGAACCUGGCGCAGCUGUCGGCCAACAUGUCGAAGAACGGCUACAGCUUGCCGCCCUCCACUCAGAUGGCGGCCAUUCAGCAGGCCAUCAUCUUGAACAACUUCGAGCUGCACAAGCAACAGCAGCAGCAGCAAAACUGGCUGACCAGGAGCCAGUACGAGACGUACUUGCAAAGCUUGAGUCCCAAACCCAACAACCAGUUGUUGGGGAACAUUAAGGAGAAUUGAGUGGACGCGAGAUUGAGGCGUAAACAGGGUGUCGCAUAGGUUUUUUUCUUCAAAGAAUUUUUUUUUGUACAUAUGCAUAUUGUGUUUGUUCAAUUUAAUUUAUUAUUAUUAUUAUUAUUAAUCUUUAUUAAUUUGAACUGUUGCUUGGCGCGUUCAGAAGUCCUGUUUUUAUUUUGUUGAUGUUGAUAUAUUGAAUAUUUGAUUGUUAUAGUGAACAAUUCGACAAUGUAAUAUACGCAAAUGUAACUAGUUAAAAUUGUAAGGAUUGUAAAAUAUUAUUUUCAAAAUUUUGAUUAAAAAAUUUGAAAUCA